AUGGAAGCUGAACUUUUCAAAUUAGCCCUUGUGGACGCGAUAAUCCCCGAGGACACAGUGACCGAGGUUUCAGAGAUUCUUCAAGCAGGGGCUGAGGCUCAGAAUGACUCUAGCCACCUUCUGGCCAUAAAGGAAAGAGAAUUGCUCUUUUUUGAUGAAAGGUUGAGGACACUAGCGGUCAUCCGAUUGCCGCAUUGCGACGAAGAUGUCUUGCAGUCGUAUCUCUCACAACUUUCCUUCAAGAUUGAUGUAUGGGCCAUUGAGGAGUCUCCAGGCAAUGAACAGAAUAAUCCCGGCGCACCCCUCCCCAAGGACAUGGUUUUUUCAGCCGAAUCGAUCCAGAAGACCGAACCUAUAGUUCUCGUCAGUGAGUCUGCAAACCGCUGCCAGACCUUGACUCUUGUCUGGGAAGUCGAAAUCUCCCUCAAUCGGCCUAAAUUCCGCGUUCCUCAGCCUGCCAUCAUAUUGAUCCCUUCAGCCACCAUCACUGCUCCUCAGCGUGAUGAAGUCGACAAGAAUGACGACCUCGCGCUCUUCCAACCGCUGGAAGCAAAUGUGCUUGAGCCUAUGCGCUUUGUCCCAGGCUUCAGGGAUAAUGCUCCGUACCUUGCCGCUUCGAGACUCGAACGGGUAUUGCCCAUAACAGCGACUCACAAGAAACGGAUUCACCUCCAACAUGUUCCUUCGAGGCGGUAUAGAGCCGUACCUGCCACAAUGGCGCGGAUACGGUAUCAAAAGGUGAACGCAUUCACUACGACACCCACCACCGUUGCUCUACUGGACAUUGACAUCAUUCCGUUUGUCAAAGUAGACGUAACGAUCGAGCAAGUUGAUCUAUCCCUCAAGAAUGGGCGAACCGAGUCCAUGAUGCCUACCUUUUUGCCUAUGCAAGUCCGGUCAGGAGACUGUAUAACAUUUCUAUACUGGCUUCAUCAAACGCUCGGCCCAAGCCGCGCUCCUGGAUUUGGACUCGUGAACCCGAACAUUGAUGUCUUGUCAAUUGCAAUCAGAUUGGCGAUACAGUUGAAUGAGGAAUGUCAUCCGGUUCUCAUCAUGAAUUGGACCACCCACGUUGACUUCACUCCAGCCCUAAAUCCAUCGUUCGGACCCCCUUCGCAACCGAUCCAGCGACCUAAUCGACCGACAAGCCUUCCUGUUAAUGCGGACAAUAGUGCGGCAGUGCCUGUGAAUGCGAUUAGCACUAGCCUACAGCCGGUCUCUGAUGUCGAUUCGAGAAGUGGACUGUCAAUAUCUUUCUCAGCUCCUGACGCGCCGGUCCAGGUUGGCCAGCCAUUUUCGUGGAAGGUUCUAGUCAUGAAUAACUCUAUGAAGACGGCCAAAAUCGCGGUCAUCCCUCUACCUCGGAUUCAGCGGCAAACCACUCAAACCCAAUUCUUCGCCAAACGCCACGCGCCGAAGUCAUCCACUGCCUCGUUCCACCCAAACGAGCGGCGACACACUAAGGAUGGGGAAGACUUGGAUAUAGCACAGGCAAUCGUCGAUGAGAACGUUGUCUAUGCUAUGCACCACUCGCAUUCUGUUCCUCCAGAGACCGAUCUGAUGGCCUUGACUGCAGAGUUACGGAUUGGUCCCUUAGCACCUGACCAGUGCCACGAGAGCGAGAUUCAGAUGGUCGCUUUCGAGGCCGGAACACUACGGGUCGAUGCUAUGAGAGUUGUAGAUCUUGUCAGGGAAGUAGAGGAAGGUGCUGCGGCAAUGGGGGUACUGGCCGACAUCCGGGAUUUGCCUGACAUUGUGGUCGCGAAAGCAGCGGACGAGAGUACAUGA